UAAACCCGCCUACUCACACGAGCUUGCCCGGAGUACUGAGAGGCUACUGCAGCCACAGCAAGGGACAGUAACCCACCAGAACUGUCUUUGACUGUGGACCUCUCUUUACAUUAUGCUUGUUCACCAGAGAUUACCUGAGAGAUUCCAGACAAAACGCAAAUCACUGAUGCCAAAUCUGCCACUCAAAAGUCGGAGGUAAACAAAUUGGAUGAAGUAGAUUCGCAGUUUGAAGGUUGGAAUACAACUACUUAAAACCUGUGACUGAGGUUGAAGGAAUACUCAAAUUAAUUUAAGGGCUGCUUUCUAAGUAAAGCGGACAAUCAUGCAUCUUGUGUUCUGGGUACUGGGAUUUGUAACAUUACUCCAGAACUUCUUGGAUAAUCAUAAUUCUGUAGCAACAGCGGCAACAGUGAACCCCCAUAUACAUGAACGACAAGCAAAAUUGCUUGAGCAGCAGGGUGUUUUCGAUAUAGUGAUUCCCACAAGAGUGAAUGAAGUUGGUGAAGCAUUCCCCUCUAGCAUGCACUUCAAAAGGAAAAAGCGAAGCAUUGAUAAUGCUGGCAGUGGCGCUGACCUCUGGCCCGCUUCACAAAUUCACUACAGAAUUUUGGCUUUUGGGCAGAAUUUUCACCUGAACCUCACCACAGAUUCGGAAUUUAUUGCUCCGCUUUAUACUGUCACGCAACUUGGAGUACCUCGCAGCAAUAACCAAACUGAUCUUUCCAAUGAAGAGGAGGACACUGAUUUUAAGCACUGUUUUUACACUGGACAUGUCAAUGCAAAGCCAGAACACACUGCCGUUAUUAGCCUCUGCUCAGGUUUGUUUGGCACUUUCAGGUCUCCAGAAGGGGAGUUUUUUGUAGAACCUCUCCAAAAUCACAAAGGCAAAGACUAUGAAGAAGAACACAACAAGCCUCAUGUCGUCUACAGAAAAGAUACACCCAACAAAGACUCAACCUGUGACACUUCAGAACACAAACAUAGACACCGAAGAAAUAACAGAACAUUGAAGAAAGGGCACCCAAGUAGUAUAUUUUCCGAUUUGGAAACUUUAAGAACUGGUAUUGCUGCAAAUCACCUUUCUACCACAUCGAAGCAACCAAAUGGGAAUGACAGUAGUCAAUAUGGACCACACAGGAGAGCAAAGCGUUUUUUAUCAUACCCACGUUUUGUUGAAGUCAUGGUGGUUGCAGACAGCAAAAUGGUGGAGCAUCAUCGGAAUAACCUGCAGCACUACAUCUUAACAUUGAUGUCUGUUGUGGCAUCUAUUUAUAAGGAUCCCAGCAUUGGAAAUCUAAUUAAUAUUGUUAUUGUGAAGUUAGUUAUAAUAAAUAAUGAACAGGAAGGUCCUGCAAUAUCAUUUAAUGCCCAGACCACCUUAAAGAACUUCUGCAUAUGGCAACAAACUCAGAAUCACCUUGAAGAGACUCAUCAUGCCCAUCAUGAUACAGCUGUAUUAAUUACAAGACAAGAUAUUUGCAGAGCCCGUGACAAAUGUGAUACAUUAGGUUUGGCUGAGUUGGGUACAGUCUGUGAUCCAUAUAGAAGUUGUUCCAUCAGUGAAGAUAAUGGAUUAAGCACAGCUUUUACAGUAGCGCAUGAACUUGGUCAUGUGUUUAACAUGCCUCACGAUGAUAGCAACAGAUGCAAAGAAGAAGGGGUGAAAAACCAGCAACAUGUAAUGGCACCAACAUUAAACUAUUACACCAAUCCAUGGAUGUGGUCAAAAUGCAGCAGAAAAUACAUUACCGAGUUUCUCGAUACAGGGUAUGGAGAAUGCUUGCUUGAUGAGCCUGUAUCUAAACCAUACGCUCUGCCUCAACAACUUCCGGGUCGCAUUUAUAGUGUUAAUAAACAAUGUGAACUUAUUUUUGGACCCGGAACUCAGGUGUGCCCGUAUAUGACACAAUGUAGGCGACUUUGGUGCUCAAGCCCAGAAGGAGCUCAGAAGGGAUGCCGUACUCAACACAUGCCUUGGGCUGAUGGAACCGAAUGUGCACCUGGGAAACAUUGCAAGCAUGGCCUGUGUAUUGCUAGGGAGAAUGAAGCUACAGCAGUUGAUGGAGCAUGGGGAAUCUGGAGUCCUUUUGGAACGUGCUCCAGGACCUGUGGGGGUGGCAUCAAAAUUGCAGUGAGAGAGUGCAACAGACCUGUACCGAAAAAUGGUGGAAAGUACUGCCUCGGUCGAAGGAUGAAGUUUCGAUCUUGCAACUCUGACCCUUGUUCCAAGUUAAAGAAAGACUUCAGAGAGGAGCAGUGCGAAGCAUUCGAUGGAAAGCAUUUCAACAUUAAUGGUCUACCUCCAAAUGUGCGCUGGGUUCCCAAGUACAGCGGACUUUUAAUGAAAGACCGCUGCAAACUCUUUUGCAGAGUUGCUGGGAGCACAGCCUAUUAUCAGCUCAGGGACAGAGUUAUUGACGGUACUCCAUGUGGACCAGAUACUAAUGAUAUCUGCGUACAGGGUCUUUGUCGGCAAGCUGGAUGCGACCAUGUGCUAAACUCAAAAGCAAGAAGAGAUAAAUGUGGUGUGUGCGGUGGUGAUAAUUCUUCUUGUAAAACAGUGUCAGGCACAUUUAAUACAGUUAAUUACGGAUAUAACAUUGUUGUACGUAUUCCAAGUGGUGCUACCAAUGUUGAUGUGCGCCAGCACAGCUACUCAGGAAAACCGGAAGAUGACAACUACCUUGCUUUUUCCAACAGCCGUGGAGAAUUUCUUCUAAACGGAGAGUUUGUUGUUAGCAUGUUUAAAAGGGAAGUUAAAGUAGGAAACACUGUAAUAGAAUACAGCGGUUCCGACCACGAAAUAGAACAAAUCAACUGCACUGAUCGCAUUGACGAAGAAAUUACAGUUCAGGUUUUAUCAGUGGGAAAUUUAUACAACCCUGAUGUACGAUACUCGUUCAAUAUUCCCAUUGAGGACAAACCACAGAAGUUCUUCUGGGAUCCAUAUGGUCCUUGGCAAGAGUGCAGCAAGCAUUGCCAAGGUGAACGCAAAAGAAGACCUCUUUGUAGCAGAGAGUCUGAUCGUGUUGUAGUUUCUGAUCAAAGAUGUUUAGGAUCUCUCCGCCCCACUCUGGUAACUGAGCCUUGUAACACAGAAUGUGAAAUCAGGUGGCACAUAGAAAGGAAAAGCGAGUGUACAGCUCAGUGUGGACCUGGUUAUAGGACUCGAGAAAUCUACUGUGCAAAGCACAGCCAGUCAGAAGAGAAAACAGAAAAGAUAGAUGACCGAUACUGUAGCAAUCAACGCAAGCCAGAUGAAACGGAAGCAUGCCAGGGGGAAUGUAACAUAGGAGUCUGGCGAUAUUCUUCUUGGACAGAAUGCUCCAAAAGCUGUGGUGGGGGUACCAGAAGAAGGGGUGCCGUGUGUGUUAGUUCUCUGGGGUCAGUCCUUGAUGAAAGCAAGUGCAGUCAGCAGGAUAACCUUGUCACCCAGAAGUGCAAUGAAUUUGUGUGCCCACAGUGGAAAACAGGUGACUGGUCAGAAUGUCUUGUGACCUGUGGGAAAGGGCACAAACAUCGGCAGACCUGGUGUCAGUUUGGAGAGGACAGGUUAGAUGACCAAUUGUGCGACUCUUCAUCUAAACCAGUAUCCAUGCAAACCUGUCAACAACAGGAGUGCGCAGCAUGGCAGGUUGGACCGUGGGGGCAGUGCACAACCACAUGUGGCCAGGGCUACCAAAUGAGAGCAGUUAAAUGUGUUGUAGGAUCAUAUGGGUCUGUCAUGGAUGACACUGAAUGCAAUGCAGCUACAAGACCAACAGAUACACAGGACUGUGAAAUGACUGUGUGUCCCGCUGCACAACCAGCUGUUCCAGAAUCAAAACCACCAUCACAUGGGGGCCACAGAACUCAGUGGAGAUACGGAUCCUGGACCCCAUGCACUACCACAUGUGGAAAAGGCACCAGACUGCGAUAUGUCAGCUGCAGAGACAAUCUAGGUGGAGUAGCUGAGGAGUCUGCUUGUUCCCAUCUUCCCAGGCCCCCUGCCAGAGAGGCAUGCUCUGUUUCAUCUUGUGGACAGUGGAAGACACUUGAAUGGACUUUGUGCUCUGUAAGCUGUGGUCAGGGGAAGAUGACAAGGCAAGUGGUCUGUGUGAAUUUCAGUGAUCAGGUUGUUGACGUGAGUGAGUGCGACCCAGACGAUCGUCCAGCAUCCAAACAGGAAUGCGCCCUGUCUCAGUGUCCCUCUCAAUCUGACCAGGGGAGAUUACCCACUCAUCGACCCCCGGGCCGUGCAUUUCCCCCAGGAGCCCACCAAUGGAGAAUAGGACCUUGGGGAGCAUGUUCCAGUACUUGUGCCGGUGGAUUCCAGCGGCGUGCUGUUGUGUGUCAAGAUGAAAAUGGCUAUGCGGCGAGUUACUGUGAUGACAGGACCAAGCCAGUGGAGCAGCGAUCUUGUGAAUCUGGUCCCUGCCCUCAGUGGGUCUAUGGUAACUGGGGAGAGUGUACACAGUCAUGUGGUGGCGGAGUCAAGACCAGACUGGUUGUGUGUCAACGGCCCAAUGGAGAGCGAUUUAAUGAUCUGAGCUGUGAAAUUCUUGACAAACCUCCAGAUCGGGAGCAGUGCACGUCUCAGGCUUGUCCUCCAGAUGCAGGCUGGAACACCAGUCCUUGGAGUUCGUGUUCAGUUUCUUGUGGGAAAGGACACAAGCACCGCACUGUUUCCUGCAUGACCAAAGAAGGCAAACGAAUGGAAGAUGACGGUUGUAAACAUCUUCCCAAACCGAAUGUACAAAGAAAAUGCAGAGGGGGAAGGUGUCCGAAAUGGAAAACGGGAAACUGGGGACAGUGCUCUUUAACGUGUGGGAGAGGUACGCAGCAGCGAGAGGUAUCCUGUCAGAUUGGAAACCAAAAGACUUCAGCAGGAGAGACUGAGUGCACCCAGUCGGCCAGACCCCCAUCCAUCCAGCCUUGUCAGGCAAUGGAGUGUCUUGCGGUUUACAGCUGGAAAGCAGAGGAAUGGCAAGAAUGCUCUAAAACAUGUGGCUCUGGAACCAGAUAUCGCAAGGUGGUCUGCCAUGAUCACGGUAAGAAAGAAGUGAAUGAGAUGUACUGCAAUACCAACAAGAGACCUGCUGCCAUAGACAGCUGCAAUACACACCCGUGUGACUUUAUCUGGAUUACAGGCGCGUGGUCGGAGUGUUCGGUCAGUUGUGGCCAAGGAUACCAGAGAAGACUUGUUUCUUGCAGUGAAGUUUACAGUACUAAGGACCAAUAUGAAUAUGGGUAUCAGGCCAUGUCUAAUUGCCCUGGUAUUCCACCAACCAGCGUUCAAGCCUGUAACCCUGGGGAGUGCCCUGCACCUGAAUCCUGGAGAGUAGGAAACUGGGGGCUUUGCUCAGCAACCUGUGGAGAAGGUGUGAUGCAGAGGACAGUCCAGUGUUUAACAGCCGAUGAUCAAACCAGCAAUCGCUGUCAGUUAAGCACUCGACCAGAGGAAAUCAGAGUGUGUCAAAACCUUGACUGUGAAUUACCCAAGAGCUGCAGCGAUAUACAAAGACUAAAAGGUUUUCUUGAAGAUGGUGAACACUUGCUGAAUAUUCAAGGAAAAGCUGUGAAGAUUUAUUGUGCUGGAAUGCAGACAGAAAGUCCAAGGGAGUAUGUAACGCUUGUGAUUGGUGAAAAUUUCUCUGAAGUAUUUGGCUUUAGACUCAACAAUCCCACUGAGUGCCCCUACAAUGGUAGCAGGAGGGAGGACUGUAACUGCAGAAGAGACUACACUGCAGCCGGAUUCUCCUCCUUCAGCAAAGUAAGGAUGGACCUCCACAAAAUGCAAAUAAUAACCACAGACUGGCAGUUUGCACAUACCAGGGAAGGUCACCAUGUUCCUUUUGCAACAGCUGGAGACUGCUACAGCGCUGCCAGGUGUCCUCAGGGUCGUUUCAGUAUCAACCUGUCUGGCACAGGGCUUCAGGUGGCUGAAGAAACUCAAUGGAUUUCUCAAGGGAAUUACGCAGUGGCUGAUAUACACAAAUCAGCGGAUGGCAGCAGAGUGACAGGGAAAUGUGGAGGAUACUGUGGGAAAUGCACUCCCUUUUCUGGAACAGGCUUCCGUGUUGUAGCAAAAGGAGCUUUUUAAGUUCUGAUCUUCGGGAGGUGCUGAGGCAAAAUGAAGAUAAAAAUAUAUAUUACCUCUGAUGCCUGCACUGUGUACA